CGCGCGCAUGUGUGUGGCUCCAACUGUGCGCUACGUCCCUAUAGCCGGGCACCACGUCACGUGUCAGGGCUCCUGGGUCCUGGGCCAAGUUUUUCCGUGUCAGAUCAUCCACGGAGCUUCAAGCUAGACGACCCACACGGUCCGACCCUCCCGAGCGCAUCUCCGCUCCAUGCUGCGUAACCAACGUUAGCGAGGAUGGACGGACGGACGGAUGCACGGAUCUGGAUAGAGGUUCCCGUUUAACCGAACGCGCAAAUGAAGACCACUUCAAGUGAUUCUUUGAUUACUUCUUGUGAUUUUUAACGGCUGUCGGAUUACAUCUGAUCUGUGAAAAACAAAAGAAGUAAGGAGGCUUUUUUGUUGAGGAGAGAGAAGAGAAGGAAGAAAGAGAGAAAAGGAAAGCUCCGGGUGGCUGAGAAAGGCUGGGUGCGCUGGAAACAAGGAAAGUCACGGAUCAUGCUUAUGGGAACUUCCGAUUCCGUCUCGAUAAGAGUGGCUCUGCCUGAUGCUCUAUCAUGACUGAUGGCGAGGGGAGAGCGCGCUUUCAGUACGCAGAGUGCCCGGAGGGGCAGGAGCAGGAGGAGGUGAGGCUUGCUAUACCUACGCCCUACAGGAAAGAUGCCCCGGGUCAUGAUGUCGACCCUGGAGGAUGUCAUGGUGAGGAGGUGGAGAGGCAGAGAAGGGGCAGUAGUGGUCUGGGUGAAGGAGGAGAAUGGAGUCCUGAAGUUCAGGAGCAUGAAAACCAGGAACCGGAGUUGGAAGUGGAAGUUGGACCAACGUUGGGAGUUCGCAUAACGGCCCCUAUACGCGAUCCAGACUGUGUCUCAGAGGAGGAGGAGCAGCAGCUGUACCCGGCCCUGGCCCCUGUGGCCUUUUUCUGCUUAAAGCAAACAACAAGGCCUCGCAACUGGUGUCUUCGCAUGGUCUGUAACCCGUGGUUCGAACACAUAUCCAUGCUGGUGAUCCUGCUCAACUGCGUGACUCUGGGGAUGUUCCAGCCCUGUGAAGACGUCAGCUGCCAGUCAGAGUGGUGCCGCAUCCUACAGGUAUUGGACGACUGUAUAUUUGCUUUCUUCGCUGUAGAAAUGGUCAUCAAGAUGGUGGCCCUGGGAAUUUUUGGCUCUAAUUGUUACCUUGGUGACAAGUGGAACCAGCUUGACUUCGUCAUUGUCAUGGCAGGAGUGAUGGAAUAUUCUCUGGAUGGCCAUAAUGCCAGUCUGUCAGCCAUCCGUACCGUCCGAGUGCUCAGGCCACUGCGAGCCAUCAACAGGGUACCAAGUAUGCGCAUCUUGGUGACGCUGCUGUUGGACACACUGCCCAUGCUGGGAAAUGUGCUUCUCCUCUGCUUCUUUGUCUUUUUCAUUUUUGGCAUUGUGGGAGUCCAGCUGUGGGCGGGGCUACUGCGCAACCGCUGCUUCCUGGGAGAGGACAUCAGAACAAUGUACAACUUGUCCAUAAGUCCUUACUACAUGUCCGAGGAAGGUGAAGACAGCCCAUUCAUCUGUUCGGCCGCCCGUGAGAACGGGAUGCUGCGCUGCCAUGAUGUGCCGGCACACACAGAGGGCGGGGAAGAGUGCUCAUUGGCUGCUUCCCACCAAAGUUCAGCUCUGAUUGGAUCAGCCUCUGUGGUGGGUGGGGCCAGUGUUAACGGCUGUGUUAACUGGAACCAGUACUAUAAUGUGUGUCGCCCUGGGGACCUGAACCCUCACAAGGGAGCUGUCAAUUUCGACAACAUCGGCUACGCCUGGAUAGCCAUAUUCCAGGUCAUCACACUGGAAGGAUGGGUAGAUAUCAUGUACUAUGUCAUGGAUGCUCACUCCUUCUACAAUUUUAUAUAUUUUAUACUGCUCAUUAUUGUGGGCUCUUUCUUCAUGAUCAACUUGUGCCUCGUGGUCAUCGCCACGCAGUUCUCCGAGACGAAGCAAAGGGAGAACGCUCUCAUGAGGGAGCAGCGUGCUCGCUACAUGUCCAACGACUCCACGCUCGCCAGUUACAGCGAACCGGGCUCGUGCUAUGAGGAGAUGCUGCGUUACAUCAGUCACCUUUAUCGCAAGCUCACACGCAGACUGCAGAGGAUAUACUCUGGAUGGCACAGUAAAAGGCGUAAAAAGGUGAAUCCCAAUGGCAGUGGCGGAGGCAGUAAUGGCGGUGGUAAUGGACACGGCCAUGGCUCCAGCAGGGGCGGCGGGCCAGGUAACGCGUUGUGGUUGAGACCGAUCCAUAACCUCCUGCAGCACCAUCAGCACCAGCACUGUCGCCUCACAAACGGGGGACAGCACACCAUCAGCGCUGCAACCGCCGAGCGAACAGACGGAGAAGGAGGGCGGGCAGGAGGAGCGGAGGAGCUGGAGAUGAAGUCGAUUUCUGUCCGGAGAGGAAGCACAAAUGGAAAUAGCUGUGGCGGGAGCAGCAACUCGCCCGUUGUCAGCCAGGGCAUGGGGUCAUUGCUCGGGCGACUGAACGGGGGGAUGAACUACCCGACCAUUCUGCCAUCAUUUGUGUGCAGCUACAGCAGUAAGACGCCACCCCCCCACUCCCAGCAGUGUGGGCCCAGUCCGGAGCAGCACCCUACAAACCACCCAGUGUCUGAGCACACAGAGACGUUGAACAAGCUCUACCAGCUCAUGGGACAGCACAGACGCCAGAGGCUGCUGUACCAGCUGGCAGGCGUGGUGCCCAGCCCUCUGCUCUUGGAGCUACUCAGCUGCCCUCUGUGUGCCCGUAGCCUGGAGACCUUGGAGCUGGAACUGGGAGACCUUGAGGGAGGCAGGGGAGAGGCUGACGGACUGCAUGACUUCCCCCAGGGUGGGGAUCUAAGAGGUGGGCGAGGUCGCGGAAGACGCCGAGGGGUUGUGGAAUACAAAAACGGAGUGGUUGGGGCCUGGAUAGGCUUCAGGGAAAAACUGAAGAGGAUUGUGGAAAGUAAAUACUUCAACCGAGGGAUCAUGAUCGCUAUCCUGGUCAAUACUCUCAGCAUGGGGAUAGAAUACCACGAGCAGCCUGAAGAGUUGACUGAUGUGUUAGAGAUCAGUAACAUCGUUUUCACCAGUAUGUUUGUCCUGGAGAUGGGCUUCAUGCUGCUGGCCUUUGGCUUGUUUGGAUACAUCAGGAAUCCAUACAACAUCUUCGACAGCAUCAUUGUUAUUAUCAGUGUGUGGGAGAUAAUUGGUCAAGCAGAUGGCGGGCUGUCAGUCCUGCGAACUUUUCGUCUGCUGCGGGUUCUGAAGCUGGUUCGCUUCCUGCCCGCCCUGAGGAGACAACUGGUGGUGCUGAUGAAGACUAUGGACAACGUGGCCACAUUCUGCAUGCUGCUCAUGCUUUUCAUCUUCACAUUCAGUAUACUGGGUAUGCAUCUGUUCGGUUGUAAAUUCAGCCUUCGGACAGAGAACGGAGACACCAUCCCUGACCGCAAAAACUUUGACACUUUACUCUGGGCCAUCGUCACUGUGUUCCAGAUUCUUACUCAGGAGGACUGGAAUGUGGUGUUGUAUAAUGGCAUGGCCUCCACCUCUCCAUGGGCAGCUCUCUACUUUGUUGCCCUUAUGACUUUUGGCAACUACGUGCUCUUCAAUUUACUCGUGGCUAUCUUAGUUGAGGGCUUUCAGGCUGAGGGUGAUGCUAAUCGUUCAGAGUCAGAUGAUGAGAAAAAAUCGGACAACUUUGAGGAGGACGAGAAGGUGGAACAACUCAGAGACACUGAGCUAAAAAUGUACUCUCUGAUGAUGACUGCCAAUGGACACGUUGACCCUCGUGGCUCGAUGGCUCCUCCUAUAAUCAUGCGCACAGCCGCCACACCCAUGCCUACUCCGAAGAGCUCCCUGGGACCUGAGUCUAUGCUUGGAGAAGAUCUCAUGUACAGAGAGGGGGCACCUGGCGAUGCGGGAUUGGGCUUUUCCGAGGCAGAAGUUAGUCACACAGAGUCUCGCCGUGGAAGCUCCACCUCCAUGGACCCCUUAGCGUAUGACCAGCGUUCUCUGAGCCUCUCAAGUCCCGGCCGGCGCUCCCCCCUUCCUCCACGCUCCUGGGGAAGUCGGCGCUCCAGCUGGAACAGUCUGGGAAGAGCACCGAGCCUCAAAAGGCGAGACACCAGCGGAGAAAGGGAGAGCCUGCUGUCGGGGGAGGGAGGAGAGGAGGAAGACAGCGGGGAGGAUAAGGGGGAGGCUGGAGGAAGCAACAGACUACGGCUGGAGCCCUUGGAGCUGCUGCAGGUUUCUACUCUCUGCCCUUCCAUUGUGGCAGAGUAUGGCGACUGUAAUGGGAGGACACUGACCUAUGACCUCAAUGUGAACUCAGACCCAAAGGAAGACUCCUCACCUGAGGACGACAUGGAUGAUGACAGCUCUUUGUGCAACUGGUUCAAAAAAAAGCUCCGGAACAUGAAGCCCCGCUGGUGCAGAGAGCACGAAGACUGGACGCUGUAUUUGUUCUCUCCAGAGAGCCAAUGCCGUGCAUGGUGCCAAAGCGUGAUCUCUCACAAAUUGUUCGACCAUGUGGUUCUGGUGUUCAUCUUCCUCAACUGCAUCACCAUCGCUUUGGAGAGACCGGAUAUACAGCCUCACAGCACGGAGCGAGUGUUUCUGAGCGUGUCCAACUAUGUUUUCACUGUGAUAUUCCUGGCAGAGAUGGCCAUUAAGGUUGUAGCGCUUGGUUUCUGCUUUGGGAAGCAGACCUACCUCCAGUCCAGCUGGAACGUUCUCGAUGGUUUGUUGGUGUUUGUGUCUCUAGUCGACAUUCUGGUCUCUCUGGCUUACACGGGAGGAAACAGGAUCCUGGGCAUACUCAGAGUCCUACGCCUGCUGCGAACACUACGCCCAUUGAGGGUGAUCAGCCGAGCUCCAGGACUGAAGCUGGUUGUGGAGACGCUCAUCACCUCUCUUAGACCCAUCGGGAACAUUGUUCUUAUCUGUUGCGCCUUCUUCAUUGUCUUUGGCAUCUUAGGGGUGCAGCUGUUCAAAGGGAAGUUCUACCACUGUGAAGGUCUGGACACGAAAAACAUCACCAACAAGUCUGACUGUCUACAGGCCAACUACCGCUGGAUACGAAGGAAGUACAACUUUGACAACCUCAUUCAGGCUCUGAUGUCUUUGUUUGUGCUGUCCUGUAAGGAUGGCUGGGUCAACAUCAUGUAUGAUGGGCUGGAUGCUGUGGGAGUGGAUCAACAGCCUGUAAGGAACCAUAAUCCCUGGAUGCUGCUCUACUUCAUCUCCUUCCUACUCAUCGUCAGCUUCUUCGUCCUCAAUAUGUUUGUCGGGGUUGUGGUGGAGAACUUCCACAAAUGCAGACAGGACCAGGAAGAAGAGGAGGCCCGACUGCGGGAGGAGAAGAGGCUCAAAAUGAUAGAGAAAAAGCGCAGGAAGGCCAAACAGAGGCCUUACUAUGCGGACUACUCUCCCCUGCGUCUGUCCAUACACACACUGUGUACCAGCCACUACCUGGACCUCUUCAUCACCUUCAUCAUUUGCAUCAAUGUCUUCACCAUGAGCAUUGAGCACUACAAUCAGCCACAGUAUUUAGAGGAGGUUCUGAAGUACUGUAACUACGUGUUUACCUUCAUCUUCAUCAUCGAGGCCCUGCUCAAACUUGUGGCAUUCGGCAUUCACAGGUUUUUCAAAGACAGGUGGAAUCAGCUGGACAUAGCUAUCGUGGCGUUGUCCAUCAUGGGCAUCACCCUGGAGGAGCUCAAGAUGAGCGCAUCCCUGCCAAUAAAUCCUACCAUCAUUAGAAUCAUGAGAGUGCUCAGAAUAGCAAGAGUGCUGAAACUUCUGAAGAUGGCCACGGGGAUGAGAGCUCUGCUGGAUACUGUCAUGCAAGCGCUGCCACAGGUGGGAAAUCUUGGACUCCUCUUCAUGCUGCUCUUCUUCAUCUAUGCUGCGCUGGGAGUGGAGCUCUUUGGCAAACUGGUGUGCAAAGACAACUACCCAUGUGAGGGUCUGAGUCGUCAUGCAACCUUCGAGAAUUUUGGGAUGGCUUUCCUCACACUCUUUCGAGUGUCCACCGGAGACAACUGGAAUGGGAUUAUGAAAGACACGUUAAGAGAGUGCCUUCCAGAGGACCGCCACUGUCUCUCCUACCUGCCCUUGGUCUCUCCAAUUUACUUUGUCACCUUUGUUCUCAUGGCCCAGUUUGUGCUGGUAAAUGUGGUGGUGGCUGUUUUGAUGAAACAUCUAGAGGAAAGCAACAAGGAGGCUAAAGAGGAUGCAGAGAUGGAUGCAGAGAUCGCCUUGGAAAUGGCGAUGGAGAGGGACCGCAGAUUAAGCACAACCUCCAACAACAGUUCGGUGGGAGGGACUUAUGUUGGACCAUGUCCACAUUCGCCUGGACAGGAGGAAGAGCUGCAGUACAGUGAUCAGGACCUGCUGUCGCCAAGGAAGAUGUCUGUAUCCAGGAUGCACUCUCUGCCUAAUGACAGCUACAUGUUCCGACCUGUACGGCCCGCCAGCGCCCCCUACCCUUUGGAGGAGGUAGACCGCAGUCCCCAGCACCAGCAUUCAGGCUCAGUGACGUCGAUCCACUCCCAGCCAUGUGAUAGUCGCACGUUGCUGCAGGUACCAGACAUUUCCCCUGUUCACCCCCGCUCACCUUCGACCCUCACCCUUCCACGUAUCGCGCCGCCCUCGCCCACCUUCUCCCCGCGGGCCCUGCGCAGACAGGUGGCAGUUAAAGUGGAUUCUGUGGAGUCCCAGGGGUGUGAGCAACAGGAACGCCCAAACCCAAUCCAUCUGCCUCCCCCCUCCCCUUCUCCUCUCUCUCCUCAUACCCUCUCCCCAUCUCCCCUGCCUCCCCCUCCUCCCUCCUCUCCCUCAGCCCUGUCUCUCCCACCCUGCUCCCCUUCUGCAUUCCCGCUCCCUUCUCCCUCUCCCCUGCCUCCUCUACUGUCCUCCCCCUCUCCCCUCCCUCCUCCACCAUCUUCCCCCUCACUUCUUCUCCCUCCCCCUCCUUCCCCCCGAGUUCCCCUGCGCCCUCCUAGCCUUCGAAGACCUAGACCGCCCUCUGCUGCCUCCUUCUGCGACCCUGCCGACGAAGAGGUGUAUCACAUCACCAGUUCAGCCCGCCACAGGUGGAGAGACGAGGAGGGGGGAAAGGAGGAGAGCAGAGGGAAGGCCAGCCGCAGUCACUCCCUCUCCCCCUACACCAGCCCUUACUCUCUCGACUCCUUUUCCACCUCUUCCCCUCCUCCUCCCCCACUACCACCUUCUUCCUCAAGGAGUGCACUCAGUCUGCUUGGGGUGGGAUUGAAGGACCGUGACUUUAGGAAAGGUUUUAACGUUGACCGCCAGGGCUUCCUUGACAAGCCGUCAUCGUUGUCUGCUGGCUUUCCCGAGGACCAGAGGCGCCACUCUAUCGAAGUCUGUCUCCCACAGGAUGCGAGCAGCAGCGAUGACCAACACUUUACACGCGAGGCUCACCGGUCGGAAAGGGGCAGCCAGGCAUUUCCAGUAAGGGUGCAGUCAGUUGGAGGUGGCCACAGAAAGAAGAAGAUGAGCCCUCCUUGUAUAUCCAUCCACCCGCCCUCAGAGAGGGAAAACGCUCAAAUUGCUUCACCUCCAAAACUGGCUGACUGCAGCAUGAUGCUGAGACGCAGGACACCGUCCUAUGACUUGACCCCGCACACACAGUCAAACACGCAGGACGUCUCGGCAGAUUCCCAAACGCACACACUGAUGCACUGUGUGCACUCACCGACACACACGCUGACACCCUCACGGGCAUCCACACCAUCCCAGACUCCAACAUACACUCCGCCGCAUGCACCCACACCUACACAUCCACAUAUCCCGAUUAGCCCAAACGUCUUCAUCCAGCCCCAUACACCUCUUCUCCCAAACGCAAUGCCUUUCUCGCAGACGCACUCCCUCUCCCCCUCUGCAAGGCGCUCCCCUCUCACAGGGGAGUACGUGCCCCUCCCCCAGUUCACCUUUGACCAACCACAGUCCAGAUACAUGAGCGGCCUGUCAGCUGGCCUAUCAGACGCUGAAACAGCCACAUGCUCUUCCCCUUUCGACAACAGACUGGGAAGCAGUGCAGGAUUCAGUGCAAAGAAUCGGAGGACCGCCCAGUGAACAUCGAGCAUUGCCUUCAGGAUGUGAAUUAAUUGGUCCAAAAUCUCUGAAGUUGGAAUAGAGGGCCCUCUGCCGACUGCAGCAGAGGUUGGUGCUGGGAAGAAAAUGAGCGAAAGAAGUUUACUUUUUCUGUUUGUUUUUUUGUAACAUGAAUACUGAAAAGACAUUAAUCAUUCUUUCCAGAGAGACACUGGUACAGUCCUCUCCUAGAAUAAUAGACAACGGAUCAAUUUUCCUAAACCCAGCUUUAAGGACAGCAGAUCCACUGAGGCUGUACCAGUCAAACAGUUCCCACUGUACAUGGUGUGUUUAGGACACUGAUAACACACCAGGACUAAAGCCACCUAACUCCGUAGCCAAAGUUUUUUUUUGACACACUGUCCCCACCCACACAAGCCAAUCAGGAAGCAGCGUCUGGCUGAUAACCUCUGACCCUUACAGGAAGUGGUUUGUGAAAUGCGAACGUGGGGGGAAUUGUGGGAUAUGCAACUUCAGGUUUUCUACAGAAGUUCUGCUUGCCCCUCCUCUGCUCGUCGAUCACAUUGAUCAGAGCAGAAGUGUGUGUGUGUGUGUGUGUGUGUGUGUGUGUGUGUGUGUGUGUGUUUUCCUAUGUGUGUGUAUUGUCAGAUCUUUUGUCUUUGAUGUUGGCCAUGUUAUUCUUACACCUGCAAUGACAGAGAGGGGAAGCAGGGCAGACCUGUAGUGUAUGUUUAUCUGUGUAUCUGUGCAGUGUAAAUAAAGGAAAAUACUGUAUUUGGUGAGAUUAAAAAUAGCUCUAUCCAUAUGCACAUAUUUUUAUAGAGAUCUAAAAUGUUUUUUGCACACAGAUUUGAAUUUCAACUUGCUUGUUUUUUCCUCUGUUGUCCUCUUGUGAAUGUAUGUUUCUUUUGAAAACAGAGAGAGAAACAGUGGAGAUCAACCCUCCUCUCGACAGGCUAGCUGAGGUUGAGGAGAGGCAUUUUAUUUUUCUAUUUUGAAAAAGAGAAAGACGAGAACGGGGUGCGAUGUAUUUCUGUAGCUUUGUCUCAGAUUUCUAUGUAUUUGAUGUCUAUAUAACAGUCUUUAGAAGGGGGCUCAGUGAUGCAAGCCAAAUUUAGGACAUUUUUUCUACAUUGACAUCCCUACAGAGAGUACAUUUUCAUCAUUUUGUGCAAACCUGCAAAAAAUUCAGAUCUAAAUGUAGCUGUUAAAACAAUAUCCAACACACACACACUCAAAAAAUAAAAUCAUGAAGCUAGUCUACUUAAGUUUAUUUAUUUGUCCAAAUACAUAAUUGUAUAACAGCUUGCAAGCAGCUGAAAAUUUUUGUGGGCUGCCGGCCAUGGGAAAAUAUAUUUUAAUCAAAAUCCAGUACUCGCCUCAUGAAAAGGAACAUAUGAUCUGCUGUCACUGAGCCCUGCUUCUGCAUCUGUUUUUAAGCUGGAUCAGCUCUGACACCACUUAGUGUUCUGUACAUCUAAAGACAACCAAACUAACUUACUUACUAAAUAUGUGUAGCCAGAGUGCAAUAAUAAUAUAUACUUGUGAAAAAUAUAGUAACAUCCACACUACAUAAGCCAACCACAUUGUUGUGUUCGUACAUACUGUAGAGCUACUAUAUAUGAUGAUAUAAACCCAUUUUUAUAUGAUGAUUGAGAGUAUUUCUAUCUCUAGUGUUCAUGCUACUGUAGGUACUUGCCUCCCUCGUGGCUGCGGUGGCGUGGGUGUGGCUGGAUGCAGUGUUAGGUAUUGUAGAUUUCUCUAAAAGCUCAGGCCCACCCGCUGAUGGUGUUAUUGUAAGCAGAAGAGUGACAUGCAUCUUCGCUGAGGAUUUAAUAACCCACUUAUCACUUUUCAACUUUAUUUUUUUAUACAACCACAUUAGAUCAACAUAACACAUAUCAGUUAUGUAUAAGGAAUCCAUUCCCGAUUGAAUCAUGCCGCCCCCCCCCAGUGUAUGAAUGGCAAAGAUAAGCAUUAUUCUUCCAGUGGUUGAAUGUUUUAUUACCAAGCCAUACCUUUAUUCUGACACAGCACAAGGUCUAUUUUAUUCUACUUUGUGCACAGUCUCGUUCAGCACAGGUACACUAGAAGCAUGCCUGUAAGCUGUUUCUGAUUCCCCUUUUAAAGGCAGCUGGCUGGAACAGUGUCUAUUUUUUUUCCUGAUCAGCAUGUAAAAUGCACAACUCCUCAGUAACAUGAGUGAAAACCAAAGUGCUCUGAUGCUGUACUUGCCCCAUAUUUCUUCUGCUUGUGCAAUAGAAAAUCGUAUCCGUCUUGAUAGGUAAUACCAGCCAAAUUCAAAGUGUUUGUGCUUGAUUAGCUGGGUGAUAAAGGGUCUCUGGAGGUCAUUGACAACUCUGAAAUAGUAUUAAACGAGUUUAGCGACAAGUAAAGCUUUGAAUUUUAUUAAUAUGAGGGCAUUCAAUAAUAAUGAUUUUUGUGUGAUUUUUUUCAAAUGUAAAACUGGCCUUACAUCACAUUAAAAGGCUUCAAGAGAGCGACGAUACUUGCAGAAACCCUUUUAAACAUGAAGUUAGUGAUGAACAGAUGGAUGUCCAGGUUGUCAGAGAUUAUCAUCAGAUUAUCAUUCUCCAUUGAAGCACUCAUCAACUUUACGUCUCCCAGGCAGUAUACAUGUUGAGGGAGAAAUUGUUAGAUGAAACAUAAAAGGAUACUGUUGUCUUAUAGCUUCAUUUUGCCAUAGGACAACACCUCUGACUUUUGUAUAUAAUAGCGCAGCCCCACAUUCAGCAGGACGUGGCUGCUGCUGUGAGUCCAGGUGACAGUGAGGCAAAAGUAACAAAGAUGGAUAAUGGUUUGCAUCUUGCAAAGGCAAAAUGAGAGGUCUUUGGACAAUGAAAUCACAAUUUGAAAAUGCUGCUGCUGAUGAACAUGACUGGUUCAUCUUUUGAUAGCACUCUUCUUCCAGUUCUGACAUGCAGAAGCACAUCUGAUGUUGGAUGUUGUCCUCCCUCCUGUACAUGGCACAGUUAGCCGUUCCCUGGUUGAAAAUAAUUUUGAUACGGUAUGUGCUUGAACACACUGCUAUUGUGCAAAUGCUUUGUCUUGUUUCAUGUCCUCUUCCUGCACAGAUUGUCAGCAAUGGGAGGUUUUAAGUUGUCUGAAGACAGCCUCUUUGUGUCUCACUCUUAUUUGACUCAGUGCAGACAACCCAAAUCUACUGCAUAUUGCCAUAUUAAUCAACACAGUUUGGUAGAGUGACUGCAUAAUUGUUCUUACCAUUUACAGAUCUUUGGAUCUUAGUAUUUAAAUCCUGUUUUUGAGGAAACAGUUUUGACUAUUGCAUGUUCUGCUUUAAGAAAAAAAAUCUUUUGGGAAAGAAUCAUCUGGAUGUUUUAGAGAUUUUGAUAUUUGCAUUUUCAGACGUUUCCAUUUGUAGAUUGACUACCUAAUUGCACUGGGCUCUGAUUAAUUGGUAUCUGAUAAAAUACUAAUUAAGUGACCCUAUUCUUUAUUGUCCAAUGCAAUACUGGGUGGUUAUUUACUGUAUGAGGACAGAACUCCUCUUUAUACAGUUUUAUAGAGAGAAAUGGAAACCUAGUUGGUUCUAUUUUGUUCAGAACCAACGUUAUUUAAUGUUGAGGUGAACCUUUUUUUCACUUUAUCUCCUGAUACUCUAAACAUGGUAGAACUCUGGUACUGGUGGAACUAAUUAACUAAUGUAUAUUGUAUGUAGGAGUAGCCUCAGCCCUGAUGCUCUGUAAUGGACAAAUAAAGAUGGUAAUAAGUUGUGUUUUCUGGUUUGGCACUGAGCGUCCGGCCUCGCGCUGAAGCCGAUCACACUCCUAACACAAGUGUCGCCACAAGACCAGACUCCAGAAAGUUCAAACUGUGACAGGACUUGACUUUGAUGAAUCAGAAGCCUUGUGUUUUCUUUCUUUCUUUCUUUCUUUUUUAUAACCCUUCAGUGAUUGGCCCAGGCGCCCCCACCCCCAAACCCCCUAAGCCUUACAAGGAGGGGAGGAGGUGUGUUCUGUCUGUCAGAGGAGAGCCAAUGUGUCUGCAAUAAUAAGCCCUCCAUUAUUCCCUGUAACAGAGGGAGAAGUGAGGGGACAGAGGAGGUGUUUUAAGGCUUGACACGCAGUCGGACUCUCUACAUUGUAUCGUUGCUGAUUAUUGUGUGAUGACCAACCGUUGUCCUGAAGGAUGUUUCCCUGUCAAUUAAAAAAUACAAGAUUUUUUUAUUCCUGA